GCAUCUUCGCAGCGUUUGCUGCCAGUCGCCAUCCUCCGGAUUUCACAGGAAGAAAAGAAAACAUUCAUUAAUUUAGCUGUAUCAUCGAUAACAAAUUUCAGUCGUACGAGUGAGAGCUUUUCUCGCACGGUGUGCCGUCGUGUUCCAUGCGAACGUGGAAACCACGCACAUCGGUUACGGCGACUCCAUCACCGACAUUUCUGCCGAUCUACCCCGUGUGUCCAUCGAAAUCGAAGCGUUGAAGGAAGGCAGUGGCCAUUGGCGAACCAGUUGGAAAAUUAUUGAGGAAAACCGUUGCGGACGACGAUCACCCUUACUGCCGUGCUCGAGUGUGUGUGUGUGCGCGCGUGUGCUUGUGGGUGCUAUUCGAACGACGUGUUUGUGAGCUGGUCGAGUUGUACGUGUGCCUACAUUGGUGAAGCGAAGAAAUCGCAUAUUUGGAGGACACACUACAAUGAACAAAGUGCAAAUACUACGACGAGGUUGAACAUAUCGGGACACGAAACACACACCAGCGACUAAACCAAGUGCCAGAGAGCAAUAGAACCAAGGCGAGCAAAGUGUGCGUGGCGUUUUAGUGUGCUUGUGUGUGCUUCCGUGUGCGCACGAAUGUGUACGUCCAAGUAGUGAGAAGUGCAGUGCAGAGCUCGCAAUUGUGUAUCGGAGGAGACCCCGUUAGACCACGGUGGUGUUUCCCGUACACUCGGUCGGGCCCGUUUCAUUUCUGUCCUUCCACAAAUGGCUGACAAUGCUCCUGCCGCUGCUGCAAGUAGUGUGAAGUGUAGUGAUGGUGGUCGGCCUUUCGACAGCUCGCUGAAGUCCUUACGAAAAAUGUUCAACCCAAACAACGUCCAGAGUGGUUGCCCCGCUGGGGGAGCUGCCGGAGGAUCGAACGCCACGGCCACGGCCGGACCAGUCGACCGUCUCAAGAUCCUGUAUCCGAACGUCAACGAAGCGGUCGAUCCGCUGCCCCGCUCCUGGAGCCUGCAGGACAAGUGCAGCACCAUCGGAUUAACGCAAAACAAUCUACGUGUUCACUACAAAGGAAUUGGAAAAUCACACACGGAUGCGGCGUCGGUGCGUACGGCCUUCCCGAUCCCAGCCGCCUGCGGGCUCUACUACUUCGAGGUGAAGAUCAUCUCGAAGGGCCGCGACGGCUACAUGGGCAUCGGGCUGACGCACACCAACUUCAAGAUGAACCGCCUGCCGGGCUGGGACAAGCAGUCGUACGGCUACCACGGCGACGACGGCAACUCCUUCUGCUCGUCCGGCAACGGGCAACCGUACGGGCCCACCUUUACCACUGGUGAUAUUAUCGGUUGUGGCGUGAAUCUGGUCGACAAUACCUGUUUCUACACCAAGAACGGCCACCAUCUCGGUAUCGCCUUCAGAGAUCUGCCGCCCCGGUUAUACCCGACGGUUGGGCUGCAGACCCCGGGCGAGGUGGUCGACGCAAACUUCGGCCAGGAGCCGUUCAAGUUCGACAUCGAAGACAUGCUGAAGGAGCUGCGGGCCGGCACGCGGGCCACGAUCUACAACUUCCCCCUGCCGGACGACCAGGGCGACUGGACGGUGAUUCUGCACAAAAUGGUUUCCUCCUACCUGGUCCACCACGGGUACAGCUCGACGGCGGAAACGUUCGCCCGCACGACGGGCCAAGCUUUACAGGAAGACAUGACAUCGAUUAAAAAUCGACAAAAAAUCAUCAAACUAGUGCUUUCCGGCCGCAUGGGACAAGCGAUCGAACAAACCAUUCGCCUCUAUCCGGGACUGCUCGAGUCGAACCAAAAUCUACUGUUUAUGCUAAAGUGCCGGCAGUUCAUCGAGAUGGUGAAUGGAUCUGACUUUGACCUAGGUACACCUUCGUCACGUACGAGCCCAGUGCAAACAUCGGUGAUACAAUCGACAAAAAGCUAUCAAAACGGUAACACCAUUCUGCCGGAAGCCGCCGGUGACAAUCAGGGAUACUUAAAAAAUAACGUCCUCAGUAACAACACCCCGAACAAUAAUGGCAACUGCAUCGAAGACGACUACUCGAACGACGUGGAGAUGGAAAAUGGUCAUAGCAAUAGCGGCCCGACGAACGGGUACAAGAAUGGUGGACCGCCGGCGGUCAAUCGAACGACGAAUCCGCACGAGUCCGUCGAGGAGGUGGAGGACGAGGAGGAAGAGGAGGAGGAUGACGACGAGGAUGGGCACGAUGCGGGCAGGGAUGAGGAUAUGGACGUCGAUUCGUCGUUAUCGCCAAACUGCAAGUCGGCGAAUGCGGCCGCCGCCACGACCAAGUCGGGCGUCGAGAGGAUGCUGGAGUUCGGGCGGGAGCUGUUUCAGAUGAGCCAGCGUCUAGAGAAGGAGCAUGGUGUUAAUGAAACUAAUCAAAAAAUGUUGGAGGAUGCAUUUAGUUUAUUAGCCUACUCGAAUCCAUGGGCCAGUCCGCUCGGCUGGCAGUUGUGUCCGUCACGCCGUGAGGCCGUCUGUGCUGCUCUAAACUCUGCCAUAUUACAAUCAAUGAACUACUCAUGGCGGCCACCGCUGGAGGUGUGUAUAGCGCAUGCCUGCGAGCUGCUCCGUCUGAUGUCGAGCUCGUCGCUCGGUGCGUGCGCGUUCGUUAGCGUCGAGGACAUCCUUGCUCAGCAUCAGCAGCAUUGACUACGUCUGGUGCUUCAGUUAGCGCCUUACUUCAACCUCUAAGUGAUCCUCCCCACUCCCUCUACUCCUGCCCUCUCACGUCAACUUCUUGUGUUCUUGGUGCCGUGCAAAAGCAAAAUCAUACGGACGGACGGGACGGUUCAUCUAUCCUACCAUCCCAUCUGACUAGUUGUUUAGUAUGCCGAAUAGGAACCGAUUGAGCGGAGCUGUAGAACGUAGAUCUCGGCCAGAAGGAGCCGAAUGAUGGGCAGAAGACCAAAACCAAAACGUUGUUGCCGUGAACAAGAGACCCGGGAGACUUGGACGUCGUAGGGCCGCGCGAUAUUAUUCAUCAGCGACAGUUUUGCUCUAAAAUUCGCCAACGAUCCAUCAAGCAUACACACACAUACACACACACCUUCCCCUUUGUUUGUGAGGUGGUGGUUUGUGCCGGGAUGUAAGUAAGUAAACGCCCCAAAAACCCCGAAGCCCCAUGGAACCAAGAGUUCGUUUUUCUGUUACGUACCGCGGACCGCCAGAUUCGCUAAAUAAAACAAAAGCGGUCAAGCGGUUUCCCGAUCUUUUUUAAAUUACUAUUUAUAGUUGUUAGUUGAACUAGUUUUUAGCCCUUUCGAGUAGUAAGCCACACGCAAGAGAGUAAACAAACGCCGGCGGCGGCGCCCAUUUGUUGUUGGAUCGCUUUUUGA